AUUGAAAGUUGACAUGAUGGGUGUGGACUAGACCUGGAGUUACUAUCUCUUUAGGAUUAUUAUACCAGUUGGGAUUUUGUGCUGCAUGGGAAGCUUGUUGGAUCUCAUUGAUUUUGACCAAGGAGGGAUGGCAAGGAAGUUUCUUUCACAAAAGAGACAUGGUGGUGUCGAUACUCCUAGAAAUAGCUUGGAGCUUCCUGUUGAAGCGUCUCAAUGGUUCUAUGCUGGAGGGGACAAAGCACAGUGCACUUAUCAGAUGAUUGAUUGGCAAGAGAAGAACUGUUAUGGGUACGAGGCUCCAAUGAAGAAACUGAUCAGUGAAGAAAUAGCUAAAAGACCAAACACAGGACAUAAUGCACCUAGUGUGGUGGCACGUCUAAUGGGAGUGGAUACGUUACCGUUAGAUACAAGAAGACCAUUACCAAAGCAUGUAGAGAAAAAGAAUGAAAUGAAGGAUGGGUACCCUUCGAAAGAGGAAUGGUUGAGAAAGGUUUCCAUUGAUCAUGCAACCCAGUCCUCCAGACACAAAAUCUCAAUUCCCUUUAACCAUGAUGAAUCAUGUAAAUCUGACCGACAGAUUGAUAGCCGAAAACCAAACAAAUAUAAACCUCGAGAACAUCCUCAGGAGGAGGAACUACAAAAGUUCAAAAAAGAUUUCGAAGCAUGGCAAGCAGCAAGGUUCAAGGAAUGUUCGAAGUUUGUUGAACAUGGCACCAGUCCAAGUCAGUGGCUAGCACAACAAAGCCUGAACAAGGAAAAGUUGACUCUUUAUGCAAAUUCAAUGAGAACCGCAGCUGCUGAGAAACCUACAGAGCUUAGAGGGCAUACAGUAGCAGUGAAUCCCUGGGAAAGAGGCCUUUUGAAGCAUCAGAAAAAUAUAAAUGAAUUUCCUGCACCUGCACAAAAUAAGACCUACUGUGUUAAAGAAGUUAUUCCGAACCCCGAUUUUCAGAAUCAUCCUCUGACAAAUUCUUCUUGCGGACCUGAUGUUGCUCCUGCUCCUACAAAGAUAGUAAUUCUGAGGCCUGGUCCUGAAAGGAUGGUGACUAACGAAAAUUCGUGGGCCAGUUCUCCGGGCGUUUCUGAAGACCGGGGUAGCAUUGAAGAAUUCCUUGAGGAGGUCAAGGAAAGACUGAACUGUGAAUUGCAAGGAACGAGUUCCAAGAGGAGCACUACUGUCAGGGGAGGAGGAAUUGAGACCCCUUAUAGUGAAAGGUCACCAGAUGCGAAGCAAAUAGCUCAAUCUAUUGCAAAACAUGCUAGGGAGAGUGUUACUAGGGACUUUGGAACAACAUUACCUCGGUCAGAAUCCACCAGGUCUUAUAGAAGUGAUAUUCAAUCCGAUGGGGAGAAUUCUCCUGAGUUUGUCAAUAGAGAUACAAGGAAGUUUUUGACAGAAAGGUUCAGGAAUGUCCUCAAGCAAGAAACAUCUCAUGGUGUACACAGGCUUGCUCGUGGAAGCUCUAGAUCUAUGGAACUGAAUAAUGAAACGUGCAGCUCUGAAGAAAUGAGGCAUACUUCUAAUACGGGAGAUAAAGCAACCAAUCUGGACAAUAUGAAAGGUGAAUUAAACAUGCAUAACAGAUCUUUCAGACGGGAUCAUGGCAAUGACAUGCUUGAGCAGGAACUAUCUCCUAGGAGCCUAAUUAGAUCUUUGUCCGCUCCUGUGUCCGCAGCAUCAUUUGGAAAGCUCCUCCUAGAGGACCGACAUAUGCUGACAGGGGCCCAUAUUAGAAGACAGCAUGAAGUUAUUGAGAAGGCCACAAUGAAUGUCAAGAAACGGCAAAAAGAGAAAUUCAACCUUAGGCGAAAGGUUUCCAGCUUUAGUUAUAGUUUCAUACUUAAGGGCAGGCUCUUUGGUAGGAAAGUUCAUUCUUGGGAAGAACCACACGGACAAACAUACAAUCUCAUGAAAGAUUUUCCAAGCCCACCAACCGGAACACCGAAUUUUUAUGAAAGACAUGAAAAUCCUACUGAAGUUCCACCAAGUCCUGCAUCUGUAUGCAGCAGCAUCAAUGAAGAAUAUUGGAGACAAACAGACUACCUCACCCCAUCAACAACUUCUGAUGUACCUGCACUGGAUGAUAGUGAGAUUCCCCGUGUUUUCAGAGAUAUCAGCUCUAAUCUGAACGAGUUAAGGAGGCAAUUGAAUCAACUAGAUACUUAUGACUCUGAGGAAACCAUGUUCAAUGAGCAGCCAGUUGAAGAGGAAAUGUUGGAGAUUGAAGACCAAGCCGAGGCAUACAUUAGAGAACUGCUCAUUGCUUCUGGUCUAUAUGAUGGUUCGCGUGAUAAAUAUAUAUCAAGAUGGGAUCCACUUGGAAAGCCUAUCAGCAACCAAGUUUUUGAAGAAGUAGAAGAGUCUUACAAACAACUGACAAAGGAUGAAGAAGGGUAUACUAACGAUCAAUUACAGAAAAUAAAUCACAAGUUAUUAUGUGACAUGCUGAAUGAAGCACUUCCAAGUGUACUUGGAGUAUCUUCCACAAUGUCUAGGUUCAUGAAACAUGCUGUCGGUCCAAUGCCACGACCUCCUCAGGGAAAGAAGUUAUUGGAACGUGCAUGGGAACUUGUUGGUGUUUAUGUUCACCCUCCAUGGGAUAGAGCAUUUCAAUCCCUUGACAAUAUAGUAGCCAGGGACUUGAGUUCCACCCCUUGGUCUGGAUUGAUCGACGAAGAUGUUAAUGCUCUAGGUAAAGACAUGGAAUGCCAGAUUAUUGGCGAUCUUAUUCAAGAAAUGAUCAAGGAUAUGUUGUCAUAACUUUUUUCUUUUUUUUUUUCAACUCUUUAUUUUGGUUACUGAUAUGAAGAAGUUUUGGAACUUCUGAGUGGCCAGGGCAUAAAACAUGCAAAAUGUUUAUCUGCCCAAAUUAGAUUGUGUUUGAUUUACAGAAACUGUAAUGUGCAGU